AUGUCGGUACACUUCGAGGAGAAGAGCGGCGUCGUCCCCUGUAAGACACCCUGGGGCUCCUGGUACCAGACCAUGGAGGAGGUUUUUAUUGAAGUAAACGUACCUCAUGGUACGUCUGCAAAAGAAGUCAAGUGCCGCUUAGGAACCAGAGACAUCGAGCUGCAUGUUAAAGGGAACGAAAUAUUCUCGGGAAGAUUGUUUGACACAACUGUGUCUGAUGAGGCUACAUGGACACUGGAGGAUAAAUGUCUGAUUAGGAUUGUUUUGAUGAAGACCAACAGAGAAGCAGGAAACUGCUGGUCCUCUUUGUUGGAGGGGGAGUACUGUGCGAAUGCUUGGGUCCAGGACCAGAUGCAGAGGAAGCUCACCCUGGAGAGGUUCCAGCGAGAGAACCCUGGAUUCGACUUCAGUGGUGCAGAGAUAUCUGGGAACUUUGCUGGUGGGGGUCCAGAUUUCUCCAGCCUACAGAAGUGA